UUAGUCAGCUGAUCCUCCUGAAACAUCAGGGGGCGACGACCAUCAUCCAUUCGUGCGGUGGCGACCGAGCUUCGAGGGAUAUUGAACACAGAGAAAUGGAGCGGGAAAAGGAGGAAGAAGGAGAAGAGUAUGUGUACAGAAUCAGCACGCUCAAGGAGUGGGAGGCUUUACAGAGAGAUGGUCACGCUUAUGGUGGCGAUCUUGACAAAUCCACCGGUUGCUUCCAUCUCAGCAAGCUCUCUCAGGUUCAAUCUACAUUACAGAGCUUCUUUCUGAACUUUAAGGAUGAUCUCUACCUCCUUCAGAUUGAUGCCAAGAAGCUCGGUGAUGGAUUGGUUUAUGAAGUUGUUGAUGGAGUUAAUAGCUUUCCCCAUUAUUACGGCCCAUCUCGAACUUUUAGUCCCCUUCCCUUAGAAGCAGUUACAAAAGCGGAGAAGCUAUCAUUAUCAGAAGGUCGUUUCUCUUGUUGCUUCUUGCAGUAAGCUAUAUAUUUUACUUAUAUGUUGCAAGUCUCGAAUACAGUUGAGAACUGAAAAUUGUAAAUUGCUAUUUGAUAUAUAUGCUUAUUGGCUUAACAAGUUGGAAACAUCAUUUGUUGCA